UCGGCGACAAAACGCGCACCUGUUUUAACUGUGCCAUUUCUUUGUUGAGAUAGCGUUGGUAGGUCUUCAGUGGAGAAAUGGAAGGCCAGCAAAAAAGGACGAUAGACGAAGCCGAACCAUCACUAUUGGAAGGUGUCAAGGCUCUUAUAGUGGAUAUAGAGGGAACGACGACGCCUAUAGGAUUUGUUAAGGAAACACUUUUCCCGUAUGCAGAGGAAAACGUGGAGAGUUUUCUGACCAAACGAUAUGAUGAUGAGGAAACCCAACAAGACAUUAAAGCCCUUCAAGAACUGGCUGCUAAAGACAAGGCUGAUGGGGUAGAGGGUGUUGUAGAAAUCCCCAAAGAAGGUUCCAAGGAAGAGAUCAUCAAAGCUGUUGUAGAUAAUGUCAAGUGGCAAAUGGAUGAAGACAGGAAGACCACAGCUCUGAAACAACUUCAGGGACACAUCUGGAGAGAGGGAUACAAGACUGGCCAAAUCAAGGCAGAAUUGUUUGAAGAUGUUGGUCCAGCAUUACAACAGAUUGUGGAAGAGGGAGUAAAUGUUUAUGUGUACUCAUCAGGUAGUGUGGAAGCCCAGAAACUCCUGUUUGGAAAUACAGAGGAGGGAGACCUUCUCGAACUGUUCACAGACUUCUUUGACACAACAAUUGGAAAUAAGAAAGAUUCAGGAAGUUACAAGAAAAUAGUUGAGAAGAUUGGUGUCAGCCCAGAGGAGAUCUUGUUCCUAACAGACACGCCCGAAGAGGCUACAGCAGCAUCAAAGGCAGGAUUACGCAGUGCUCUGGUGGCACGAGAUGGAAACGAAGAGUUAACGGAGGAACACUUCCAAAACUUCCUGGUGAUCGAGUCGUUCGGAGAGUUGUUUGGUGAUGAUGAUGAUGAAGACUAUAAACGCUUAGAAGGUGAGGACAACGGGGAAGUGGAUGAUGAGGAUGAAGAUGAGGAUGAUCUUGGUGAGGAGGAAGAGGAACCAGAGGAUGAUGAGGGAGAGGAUGAAGAUGAUGCGUAGAAUUGACUGGACUUAUAUGUGGUAUUUGUACCAGGGCAAGUGCAAAAGAAUUUAAGUCCGACUCGCAUUGAAUCAGGACAUGUGUAGAAGUGUGUGUGUGUAUUGUAAACUUGUAGAAUGGCUGCAUCCUUCUGCAGACCACAUGCUGCUGUUAUUGUGGGCUAUUCCUUCAAGACACUAUAAGUGUUCCUGUACGAGACAGAAAAUCUGGACAGCAUUUGUUAGAGGGAGUGAAUGAAGAGUUAAGCUGCUUGUCUUUAUGGAAUAGUCACAUGAUGUAAAACCAAAUUUAUAUUCUGAAUAAAUCCAUGGUCUGACAUGUAGACAAUGGAGGUUCAAUUUUUUGUAAAUUUCUUGCUUCAAUCGGUACAAGGUAUGAUCAGAUGAAGUGGUUACCAUAAGUUUUGUGGGUUAUGUAUAAAGGCAGCAAUGAAACAUGCAUGAUAAAUGUUGUAAAAUUAAUUGCUUUGUAACUUAUUUGUUAAAAUAUUUGUCCUAAUUGUAAUCUGCGAAAAAAAUUGUUUGGUAAGAAUCUGAUAAUUGUGUAUGGUUGUUCUUUACCAUCAACUCUGAGCAAAUAUCAGACAUGUUAACUAUGUUUUGAAGAAUUCUUUGUUUUUGUCAGAAUAUCAGUAUAUUUGAAUCUAUGUUAGUUUUCAUUGUUUUAUUAUUAAUUCUAUCUUCUUUUUUUUUGGAAACAAAUGCAUUUUUUCUUGGCUUUUACUUUUUAUUUUACAUGCAUGUAUUUGUAAUGGUAGUUAUUGAUAAUGUGCUAAUUUUGAUUGUUUUUUAUUUAGUAUAUACAUGUACUUGGGUUUUUUUUCAUGAAAAAAAAGAUGUCACAAUGAAAUCAUUUUACAGGAUUUUUUUUAAAGUACAUCAGUUACAGCAAUCUUCUCCCACCCAUUUUAUCAGAAUAAAUUACUGUAGAUCAUACAA